AUGAGGGCUCUGCUGCUCCUGGGGUCCCUGUUGGUGAGCCUGGAAUCAGCACUUUUGGCUCCACCUUGGAAAGGCCUAAAGGCGCCUCAGCCCGUAGCAGAUGAACACACAGUGGUUCUCACUGUCACUGGGGAGCCCUGCUACUUCCCUUUCCAGUUCCGCCGGCAGCUGUAUCACCAGUGCACCCGCAGGGGCCGACUUGGCAUCCGGCCCUGGUGUGCUACUACCCCCAACUUUGACCAGGACAAACGAUGGGCAUACUGCCUGAAGCCCCAGAAAGUGCAAGACCACUGCAGCACACACAACCCCUGCCAGCGGGGCGGCACCUGUGUGAACAUGCCAGGUGGGCCCCGCUGCAUCUGUCCAGAACACUUCACGGGGAAGCACUGCCAGAGAGAGAAGUGCUUCGAGCCCCAGCUUCUCCAGUUCUUCCAUGAGAAUGAAACAUGGCAUAGGCUUGAGCCGGCAGGUGUGGCCACGUGCCAGUGCCAAGGUCCCCAAGCCCACUGCAAGCCACUGGCCAGCCAGGUCUGCCGCAACAACCCGUGCCUCCACGGGGGCCGCUGCCUCGAGGCGGAGGGUCACCGUCUGUGCAGUUGUCCUGAGGGCUACGCAGGGCGCUUCUGCGACGUGGACAAAGAGGCCAGCUGCUACGAGGGCCGUGGGUUCAGCUACCGAGGCGCUGCUGGGAUCACGAUCUCGGGCGCGCGGUGUCAGCCGUGGUCGGCGGAGGCCACCUUCCAGAACCUGACUGCAGAGCAAGCCCUGAAGGGGGGACUGGGGCACCAUGCCUUCUGCCGGAACCCAGACAAUGACACCCACCCGUGGUGUUUCGUGUGGAGCGGCAACCGGCUGAGCUGGGACUAUUGCGACCUAGCACGAUGCCCAGCAGCGCCCCAGACCCAGCCUCCACCGCGGGGACCCCUUGGGCGCCAGGAGCCCCCCUUACCCUCGAUUUCAGUACUGCAGGAGCCUCCGGUCACGACCCAGACCCCGCCUCUGUCAGGGACCCCCCCCGUAAUCUCGGGCGCGAAGUGGGAGCAGCGGAUUCCCUUGGUCGGGACCGGCCUGGCCGACUGCGGACAGCGGCUCCGGAAACGGCUGUCCUCCCAGAAACGCGUCGUCGGGGGACUAGUGGCGCUGCCCGGCGCGCACCCCUACAUCGCCGCACUGUACUGGGGCCACAGUUUCUGCGCCGGCAGCCUCAUCGCCCCUUGCUGGGUGCUGACCGCAGCUCACUGCCUGCAGAACCGGCCGGCGCCCGAGGAGCUGACGGUGGUUUUGGGCCAGGACCGCCACAACCAGAGCUGUGCGCAGUGCCAGACCCUGGCCGUGCGCGCCUACCACCUGCACGAGGCCUUCUCACCCAUCACCUACCAGCACGACCUGGCGUUGCUGCGCCUGCAGGAGCGCGAGGACGGCAGCUGCGCGCGCCCGUCGCCUUCCGUGGGGCCCGUCUGCCUGCCGAGCAGCGCCGCUCGCCCCACCGAACCCGAGGCCGCGCUCUGCGAGGUAGCCGGCUGGGGCCACCAAUUCGAGGGGGCGGAGGAAUAUGCCAGCUUUCUGCAGGAGGCGCAGGUGCCGCUGAUCCCUCACGAGCGCUGCUCCGCUCCGGAUGUGCACGGCGCCGCCUUCUUCCCCGGCAUGCUCUGCGCUGGUUUUCCCGAGGGUGGCACCGACGCGUGCCAGGGUGACUCCGGGGGUCCGCUGGUGUGUGAGGAUGAAGACAAAGAGCGUCAGCUCAUCCUGCGAGGCGUCGUCAGCUGGGGCUCGGGCUGUGGCGACCGCAACAAGCCGGGUGUGUACACCGAUGUGGCCAACUACCUGGCUUGGAUCCGGGAGCACAUGGCUUCCUGACCGCCCACGAGCUCCUCCUUUCCUCCUCGGUGGUUCUGGAAUGGGAGGAUGGCUGGACCCGAUCCUGGACCACAGGAUGUGUUCCAGCGCCGUCAGUCCGGCUCCAGGCUCGGAGUAAACACUCAAUAAAGUGCUUUUGGAAAUGCC